UAGGACUCAGCGGAUACUCGUCUCCUCCUGAAACAGGAGAUGCUGGGAGGCUGGGUGACGCGUCUCGUCGUUUCAGCGAAAACGGAAUGGAUCAAAACCGAUUAAGAAGCACAGAUCGAAUGAAGACUGAACAAGUGAAGAUGGGAUUGUAGUCCUUGCACAGCAAGCAGAAUGGCACAUAGGCGUGGGGAUAAGCAGGGGCAGCAAAGCCAGAAGAUAGUCAUCUUUGGGGCCAUCUUCCUCCUCACGACGCUGCUCAUCCUCUAUAACUCCAACACUGGCAACGACAGCUACAACCCACUGCGAAACGGCCAUCACUUCACUGUUCGCUCCACUGACCUCAAGAAGUGGGCGUCUGAGGAUGGCUACAUCUCUGUAUAUGGGAACAAGACCUUGAACCUUCACUGUAGGCACUGCGCCUUGGUGACAAGCUCAAGCCACCUACUGGGAAGCAACGUAGGCAACGAGAUCGACCAAGCGGACUGCGUGAUCCGUAUGAACGACGCGCCCACGACGGGCUUCGAGAGGGACGUGGGGAACCACAGCACGGUGCGGGUGGUGGCGCACUCCAGCGUGUACCGCGUGAUCCGUCGGCCCAGCGAGUUCCUGAACAAGACCCUGGACCCUGUGCUUAUAUUCUGGGGGCCUCCUUCCAAGAUUGGCAAAGAAGCCAAGGGCACGCUCUUUCGCCUCAUCCAGAGGGUCAGCAUGGCGUUCACCAAUCUUUCUGCCUUUAUCAUUGCUCCCAAGAGGAUGCGCCAGUUUGAUGACCUCUUCCAUAAAGAGACCGGAAGGGACAGGGAAAAGUCUCGAUCGUGGCUGAGUACCGGAUGGUUUACCAUGGUGAUUGCCAUCGAGAUGUGCGAUAGUGUUCAUGUAUAUGGGAUGGUUCCACCACACUACUGUAGCAGGAGACCCCAGCCCAAAAAGAUCCCAUACCACUACUACGAGCCCCGCGGGCCUGAUGAAUGUACGACCUACAUCCAGAAUGAGAGAGGGAGGAGGGGCAACCACCAUCGCUUCAUUACUGAGAAGCAGGUGUUCGCACGCUGGGCCAAGCAGUACAACAUCACCUUCUCCUACCCGAAGUGGUGACCUUAUGCACAGGAGGUGUAGUAAGAGGGGUGGAGGAGGGGUGCAGACACCCUCUUCAAUCUCCCUUUUCCCUGGUCCGCUUCACUCUUACAGCGAAGGCAUUCCUGAACACAGUCAACGCUCUGUGCUCAGCAGGUAAAACCCUACAAUCUGAGCAUUAUUGGAGAACACUGAACACUUUGCUAGCUGCUGCAGCACCUUUUGUGAUUCCCCUGAAGGCAUCGCGUUAUCUGAUUUAUGCUGCAGGUAUUUGCCGAUAGUUUUGUAAAAUAAGAAUCACAGGAGUCUGUUGUUUUCAUAAAAAUGUAUUUUUGGCAUAUUUAUAGUUCUUUGUAGAAAAGACCACAGAAAUUGGGUAUUUGUAUUUUUGUCUAAAUCCUCAAUGGAAUUUAAAUGUAUUGCUGCAAGUAAGGAUUGUUUUCCUAUUUUCCUAGAAACUCUGUAUACAGAAACUGUGCUACAGGUUACAGUGACCUUUUGCACCACAACCAACUAUAAACAUUUUUCUGUAGAGAUGAAGUAUCUUUCUUAAAAUAUUUUCAUUUUUAUCCCUUUUUGAUACAAUGGCUUUCAUUCAGAAACGGUCGGUUGUUUUCUUUCUCUGCUUUUGAAAAUCUCUAGGAAACAAGGGCGUUUGAACACAGUCAAGCUUUUGGUUUUUAGAUUUCACACAGCGUUCAGCUAGUUCUAAGACAAAAGCUGCUUUUGUGUUUUGAUUUAAGGCGCCCACUAAGAGAGCUACAUGAUGUCUGGCCUGACACAAUGCAAGUCACGAACAAGUAAAAGCAGACAACUUAUGGGUAUUUUAUAGUCAGUGUUACAAAUUGUUCUUUUUUUUUCCUCAUCUCUCUACUGAACUGUGUGGUUAAGGUGCACUGCUCAGUUCAGCUCCUACUGUAAUGAUCUCAGUGGCUGCCUUAAAACUGCCAUUGUUCCUUUACAGUACUGUCCAAAACAAAGGUUUUGAAUAAAUCAGACAAAGAAGAAUGUACAGUAUAAUGAAUGUCAAUGUUUUUCAAUAUUGUUCAAUAUUGUUGUAAACUACUGUAUAUAAUGAAGUAUAUUGUUUUAUUGACAUAGUAAUGCAGUUUUCUUCAAUGAAAGAAUGAGUUUGACUUUUAUUCUGUAUGCAGAAGUGCAAAUGCUUUUUGUCUGUAUAUGUAAGGUUCAUAAGGAGCUGUAGAAACAGUUGCAAUUGAGAGGAAGCCAUUUGGCCAAUGUAACCUACAGUAUUUAGUAGUUAGCAGCUAAUUUAUCCUAGGAUCUCAUCCAGCUGUUCCUUGAAGGAAGCCAUGAUAAUGAGUGCUGUGUGGGAGUGUGUUAUGGCGUGAAGCUGUAGCUUUACACAAAGCUGUACUGAAGAAUCUGCAGCUGUCAUCUAUGGUCUCAUAUGUACCUCAUAUUUGUACCAAAUUUAAAUACAAUACUGUUUUCACACGAGUUUUGAAAGCUCACAUUGUAGUUUCCUACAAAUUUAUUCACACAUCUGAAGCAAUGUAACCGAAAGUUGCUUUAACAAAUGAAUUUGUAACUAACUGUACAGUUCUAAGGACCCUCUAGGGACACAUUUGUACUACUGAAAUGAAAUACACUGUUCUAUCGUGCUUUAUUACAUACUGGUUUCACACUGUUUUAAACUAUAAGCUUAACUCCAAGUGGUAUAAUUUUUAAGACUGAAUUCUUACUGCAAAAACUGCCACUUAAUCUUGAGUAUGUGGUCCUGAGGUGUGUUAUGGAAAACAACACAAAUGAUGCCAGACUGCAAUAUUUGUAAAAGGCCUUUCUGAAAAUAAGUCCGUUUAGCUAGAAAUUUCGGCUUCACUGUUAACACAAAAACAAAAUGCAUAUUACAAUUUAUUGUGAACAUGUGCAAUGUAAGGAAUUUACUGAAACACUUUAAAAACAUAAUACCAUAUUCUAGUUAAACAACUGACAGGGUAGUGUAAGGUUGUUUUAUGAAGUUUAGGCAGUAUUUCAUUGUGAACCUGUUUCUGACAAGGUUAUAUGGUGCAACAAGUCCCUCUGAAAGUGAUAGGUACCAGCCUUAACUCAACUAUAAGUACAGUAUGUAAACAACAAGGCUCAGACUGGCAGAGCACUGUGAUCCCAUAUUGGCACAGGAAAGUUUGCGUUAUCUUCUAUGUGUAGGGAUAAGGAUAUCAUACUGAUGUUUGUGUUGCUGUAACAGGUCUGCAAAUAUUGCUAUCAUCAUGUUAUACAUUGAUCUUACCAAAUAGUCCAAGUUAUCAAGUUUGUGGUCUGCAGACCUUGUCCCUUGUUCUCAAGGGAGAAUUAACAAAAGAGUUAAAAGCUUAACGCACACAAGCAGCUACUGCAAGCACAAGCAAUUUUACAAAGUAAAUUGUCUUUGACAGAACAAUAUGUGCAGCUGUUCUACCAUGAUUCGUAAGACAUGAGUCCUAACUCUUUUGCCGAUUUUAUACAAAAUAAAAUGUCAAGUUAGUCAGCAUUGUAUGAUGAAUAUGAAUAGUAAGGGGUGGAAUUACUUUGUUUCUAAAAUGUGUCAGUGUUUUAAACGCACAAUAUGUGUGGAAAGGAACCUAAAGGUAUAACUCAGGCCUUGAAAUGUAUAUUUUAAAAUGCUUCUGCUGCUGCUCACCUUUAGGGGCUCGAAAGAUGUGGCUCCUGACUACAUCAGUGAACAGGUAACACCCCAGCCCUUUAUUUUGGUCAUCUCUUCAGAUUCUGGAUUUCUUUCGGUACAAUUACGAGACAUUGAGCCCCUUGAGGGACUGUGCUUUCUGUGCUGUUGCUCCAAAGUAGAAUGAUCUUCCAGCCCCUAUUAGAACUUGCAAGUCCCAUACCUCUUUCAAAUCCCAUCUUUAUUUAUUUUUACUUUAUUUAUUUAUGUGUAUGUAUCUCGGUUGUUUUUGCCUGGUUUUAAGCACCUAAAGAUGAUGUGUCAUGAGAGACACUGUAUAAAAUAAAGAUGAUAAAAUCCUAAA